AUGGCAGCAGGGAGGUUUGCCCGGCUUUCGGGGCGGCGGUGACGACGGGAGGCAGAGCCCAGCUGGGAUCCAAGACCUUCACCACUAGAGUGCUGGAUGGAACCUUUCUCUGUCCUCGGGACCAUUUUCAAUUUUAGAUAAUGCCUCACAUCUCUGCUUCCCCGGGACCCCCUGAAGUCCCUUUGCCCCCCAGGAAUACAGCUUGAACCUAGAUCCUUCCCAGGAUGUUGUGGAGGUUGCUGGAGCGACCCUGCACGCUGGCCCUGCUCGUGGGCUCCCAGCUGGCUGUAAUGAUGUACCUGUCCCUGGGAGGCUUCCGAAGCCUCAGUGCUCUAUUUGGCCGAGAUCAAGGGCCCACUUUUGAUUAUUCUCAUCCCCAUGAUGUCUACAGUAACCUCAGUCACCUGCCUGGGGCCCCUGUUGCCCCAGGAGGCCCUCCAGUUCCUCAAGGUCUGCCCUACUGUCCAGAACGAUCGCCUCUCUUAGUGGGUCCUGUGUCGGUGUCCUUUAGUCCAGUGCCAUCGGUGGCAGAGAUUGUGGAGCGGAAUCCUCGGGUGGAACUGGGAGGUCGGUACCGCCCUGCAGGGUGUGAGCCCCGCUCUCGAACAGCCAUCAUUGUGCCGCAUCGUGCUCGGGAGCACCACCUACGCCUACUGCUCUACCACCUGCAUCCCUUUCUCCAACGCCAGCAGAUUGCUUAUGGAAUCUAUGUCAUCCACCAGGCUGGAAAUGGAACAUUUAACAGGGCAAAGCUGCUGAAUGUUGGGGUACGAGAAGCCCUGCGUGAUGAGGAGUGGGAUUGCCUGUUUCUGCAUGAUGUGGACCUCCUGCCAGAGAAUGACCACAACCUGUAUGUGUGUGACCCCCGGGGACCCCGGCAUGUCGCUGUUGCCAUGAACAAGUUUGGAUACAGCCUCCCGUACCCCCAGUAUUUUGGGGGAGUCUCAGCACUCACUCCUGACCAGUACCUGAAGAUGAAUGGCUUCCCCAAUGAAUACUGGGGCUGGGGUGGUGAGGAUGACGACAUUGCUACCAGGGUGCGCCUGGCUGGGAUGAAGAUCUCUCGACCUCCCACAUCUGUAGGGCACUAUAAGAUGGUGAAGCACCGAGGAGAUAAGGGCAACGAAGAAAACCCUCACAGAUUUGACCUUCUGGUCCGCACCCAGAAUUCCUGGACACAAGAUGGAAUGAACUCACUGACAUACCGAUUGCUGGCUCGAGAGCUGGGCCCUCUCUAUACCAAUGUGACAGCAGACAUUGGGACUGACCCUCGGGGUCCCCGGGCCCCCUCCGGUCCCCGUUACCCACCUGGUUCUUCCCAGGCCUUCCGUCAAGAGAUGCUGCAGCGCCGGCCCCCAGCCAGGCCUGGCCCUCCACCUACUGCCAAUCACACAGCCCCCCAUGGUUCACACUGACUCCUUCCUGACUAUAUUAAUCAUGAAAUGGACAGAGGAGUUGUAUUCUCCCUACCCUUCAGCCCCUCAUUGUGAGAGGGAUGUGGGGGACCUGAACUCUAGUACUAUGCUGGCAGCCAGGGGCCUCUCCUCUUUGCUGGACUGGAGCUGGGCUCCUCUAGACCUGGAGGUCCCUCUUUCUAGGGUCACCUACCAGGGCUUCUGACUGUGAAUCCUUGAUGUCAUGAUUUUAUGUGACUAUUCCUGGGAGUCCCCUGCCCUGGGGUAGGUGCAGGGCUGGACCCCAAGCCCCUUCCUCUUCUGUGGAGAGAAGAGUGAUCUGGCUUCUCCUGGGGCCUCCUGUGAAUAUUUAUUCUAUUUAUGGUUUCCGGGAAGUAUGUUUGGUGAAGGAAGCCCCACCAGGGCACUUUCUUCCAGUGCUGGAGUAGCACCUCCUCCUGACCCCUGGCUCAGAGUGGGGCAGGGCUGGGGCUGGAAUUUUGAUAUAUUUUCUAAUAAAGGACUUUGUCUUGC